AUGGCUUUAACCGAGUACGACAUCCAACAUGUGACUCAAAAGGCCAUCAAAGGGAGUGUUUUAUCUGAUUAUCUUGCACAACAACCCUUGAAGGAUUAUCAGUCUAUACGUUUUGAAUUCCUCGAUGAGGACAUCAUGUUGAUUAGGGAUUGCAACAUCCCCGGUCCUGAGGAAGGACCCAAGCUUGGAUCCCGAUGGACCUUGGUGUUUGAUGGAGCUUCUAAUGCUCACGGUAAUGGCGUUGGGGAAGUAAUCACUUCUCCGACUAAUUUCAACCUCCCCUUCACCGCCAGGUUAUGUUUUGAAUAUACAAAUAAUAUGGCCGAAUACGAGGCUUGUAUCUUUGGUAUUGAAGUUGCUAUCGAUCUUAGGAUCAAAAUCCUAGAAGUCUAUGGAGAUACAACCUUGGUAAUCAGCCAAGUCAAAGGAGAUUGGGAUACUAGAGAUCAUAAGUUCAUUCCUUACAAAGUGCAUGUCUUGAAACUAGUCGCCUACUUCGAUGAGAUUACAUUCCACCACAUCCCUCGAGAAGAGAAUCAGCUAGCUGACGCCUUGGCAACUUUGGCGUCCAUGUUUAAAGUUAAGUGGAAGAACGAAGCACCAUCCUUUCACCUCAACUACUUGGACGGACCUGCUUACUGUCUGGCAGCAGAAGACGAAGUUGACAUCUUACAAGAAGAUGUUAAUAAAUUUACUAGUAAGAUUAGUGAACUUGAACUAGAGAACACUCUCUUGCGACUCCAACUCAUCAAGGAGAAGCAAAGGGGUGAUGACUUGGAAGAUGAAGGCAAGGAAGUAAAAACCUUGUAUGAAAGUAGCAAGAAGAGGGCUAGGGAAGAGAAAGGAAAGAAGGAAUGGGUCGGUGGUGCUCUUCUAGGAGCUAAUUCAGAACUCAACGGUCAUAAUAAGGAAUUGGACCGAGCAUGGCGUGUCAUCCAGGACUUGGAAAGGACUCUAAAAUAG